AUGGAUACGCGAAAGAACCCUUUUCUGACGCUGGGUUCGUUGUCUGGUAAAGCAUUGGAGUCUCCAAGCCCGUUGCGUAAGGGAACGUCCCGAAAUUCUGACCGACGGUUGCGGAUCGAGGUCCCGACUAUUAAAGAUGCUGAUCGUCUUGACUUUUGGAUCCAGUUGCGCCUCGGGGCGAGUGGCCGAGGGCUGCGCGCCGUUCCGUCGCGGCCAGUGGGCCGGACUUAUACGGCGCGCCGCCAACCGCCCGUGCGCCGCGCGGCGCCCGGGCGUCGAGACAGGCGGCGCGGCGGCGACGUGACGGCGUGCGGGUCACGGUCGCCUCUUCGCCCGUUAGCCCUUACACGGCCCGGCGCGCGCUGUGAGCGGCCGCCGCCGCAUCCGGGGCCCCGGGCCCCGCGCCCCCCUGCCCCCCAGGAGCCCCCUCCGCCGGCCGCCCCCGACAACAUGACCAUGGACUCGCACAUCGGGCUCGACUACAUCGUCGAGAACCCCGAGUACACCGCCAAGCUCGCCGCUGUGCUUUCGAGUGUCGCGGUUCGUGAAGGCAUUUCCAAGGAGGCGCGCUCUCUGAAACGAACGUUCGGCGGCUUAACACUGCGCGAGCAAUGGCGAGUCAAAGUUGCUGCCACCGUCCCUUCCAGUGCCGCCACUACCACCUCCGCAGCUACAGCCAUUUCUUCAGCCACCGCCCAACCUCCGCGACAGUCACAAGCACUACAACCACCGCCGUCACCGUCACCGUCACCCUCACCGCCGCCGCCUCUGCCGCCUCCUUCCAGUGCCACCAUUACCACCUCCACAGCUACAGCCAUUUCUUCAGCCACCGCCCCAACCUCUGCGACAGUCAGAAGCACUACUACCGUCACCAUCACCGUCACCGUCGCCGCCGCCGCCGCCGCCGCCGCCGCCACCGUCGCUCGCCGCCAAUUAGCUCUUGAGCUACUCCUCUGCGCGGCCGUCGCUCAGCCGCUCCGUUCGCUUACGUCGGGAAUUCCUGCACGUUGGGCUCCUCCCCUUAAAAGUGUUAAUUAA